AUGGCCCAAGCCUUUUGUGAGGUAAUGUGAUCUUGCGUUGUUUGAGUUUCACUGGGAUUUCUGCUUAAAAAUUCACCUACGACUAGGAACAUUUAACCCUCUAGUUGUAUCUCUGUGGAAUGCACAGGAGUGAUCUAAGACUUUCAAGCACUCAUCUUUACCAGCUCGCAUUAUAGAAGAUGUUCUCCACCGAUUUCUUCCUUUUAGGUAAAAUUCCUUAAAGAGAUUCCUGGUUCCGCAUUUGUCCCAAAGCCAAAAGUCGAUGCCGGCGUGGUUCAACUUAGGCCGCUUGCCCAACCUCUAAUUUCCGUGCCUUUUCCCUACGUUGAAAAACUAGUUCGUCACGCAUUUCACUUCAGGUAUUUGAGACUAUAUCUACUCUAUUCAUGGAGUCCUGGUGUCCUGCCUCUUUAUUUUAAGUUGUUCGUUAGAUGUAAGAUCUGCAUAGAAGGCCCCUCUUCUGUGUCUGCUUCAUGCUCUUUAUCUCCGCGCCACUUUUGAGUAAUUUUACCUUCUUCUGUACGGGAGCGAGGAGGUAGUUUUCUAGAACCAUUUAAAACUCAUAUCACGUUUUUAUGCACGAGUCGUUUUCCCGUAGUCACCUGACCAAUGUAUGUCCAUUUGAGGUCGUUCUCCUCAUAGAGAAGAAAUAGUACACAGGCAAUGCCUGUAAAAUUCCUUUGAGUUACAAUUUUAUCCCGUCUGAGCGCUGCUCAUUUCAUCGCUGUCGGUCUCAUCAUGUCCCAAAUGUGGGCGUGGAUUGUAGUUCGAAUGAAGUAUCAUGCUUCCCUCCAUCAGUCGUAAUGUCCCAUCAUGUUUUGUGCUACCUGUCAGACUUCUCCUGAUAACUGAAGAAAAACAUUCACCCGACCUGCUGACUUUACUGAUCACCUGCCCAGAAUUUGUGUAGUGUACAGGCUGGUUGUUUUGGCCAGUACUAGCUGAUUCCAGUACGCCACAAGGCGCUCGUUUGUCGUCAGCUGUAGACGCGGCCCAUUCAGAAUAUAUGUACCCCGCAGAGGACUUACCAGCACUUUAUCGUCUGCUCCACCAGUUCAUGUAAUGUUAAGGAAAAGAAGUGGCUAGCCAGCUCUUUGGUUAGGACAAUUGUUUAUGUUGAACCGUAUGCGGUACGGAAGUCGUCCUUCCAAUUGGUGCCUCCAAACCUUGCAGGGGUUGCCGUGAAGCCAGUGCAGUUAUCAAUCACUGUUUUUUGUAAAUGUAUCAGUUAAUUCCCCAUCUGCUUAAGCCUUUGAAUCUUUUAUGUGUAAUUUCGACUGUCUUAUGCAGUUUUUCAACUGCCUGCGAUGGUGAUACCCUUUCCCGAUUUCGGCGGCAUAGUACACUCAGUUCGUUUUAAGAUACCUAAGUAGUUAAGCCAUAUAGGUAUGAAAAUUACAGAAAGGGUAAUAUCUGGCAAGUGUUGGACCAUAAUUUUCUGUUUGUUUCAUUUAGAUCAAGCCACUGAUGCUACCGAUUUUUACUAUUUACGUCAUUGACCAGUUAACCAACUCUUAUAUGUUGUUUCUGUACCAGCUUCUGGCCCUGGAAUCUAGUCCCCACAUAGCUUCUUCCUUUCUGAGGUCCAGACUUGCUAAUAGCAGGAUCCCAUUGACCGGCUCGUUUUUUGUUCGUACCUGCAGGCAAAAGCUAAUCGUCCGUUGUCUGGAAACUCUGUUCCCCCCGGAUAGACCAGAUCUCGUUAUCCAACUGUUCAAAGAAGCAGCUGUGCAGCCGAUGAAACGACCCGUCCAGGUGCGUAUUCGUAGCGUUCCUUUAACUGAAUUCUGUCAUAAAAUUAGUAUUUUUAACUUCCCAUGAUGUUCAACCAUUUUGGCCGGGUGCUAUUUUUAUUUAAUUUUCUUUCUGCAGUUAAGCAACUUGGAGUUCCGCGACUUGUGCGAGGUUUAUGCGCGGAUCUGUCGGAAUAAUGAAGAUGUUUUCCAGUACGACUAUCAGUCCCCCGCUAAUUUGUCCAACUGGCAUUCUCGCAAGAAAACCCAAACGGAAAUUAUGGGCCAUCCUCUAACCGCCGAUGCCGUCAGGAAAGAGUUGUAUCGUUGA